CUCCAAACAAGUUGCUUCGAGAGCGAACAGUCAUCUGUGCCAAGAAAACCAGGGAUUGCGGACCAAGGGAAUCCGACAAUUAGUAGCCACCGGAUGGAAAGAUACCGGCUGCAAGAGAGCAUGAGCUUCUUCUGGCAUGGAAGAAUCCUUCUGCCGUUGCUGCAUUUGGCUUUCCUGUUUAUGGGAUUCCUAGCAAAGGCACCUCCAGGCUCUUCAUUGAUCCAGACCCCAGCCUCUCUGAAUGUCCUGGAAGGAUCAACACUGAAUAUGUCAUGCACAUUCAAUGGAAAUAUCACUAGCAAAUGGUUUUUAAAGUGGUUUCACUGUAAAAAUGGUAAUCAAGUGGAAUUAAAGAACUCAAACCCUCGAGUUAAUAUAACUUCAAAGAAAGACCCCCCAUUUAGUUGUCUCAUUCUGGACAGAGCUGAUAUAGAUGAUUCUGGAAUAUACCAAUGUCGUAUUGGUGACUUAAAGAACCACAACCUUUACCGUAAUGAGACAGAAGUCAUUGUUAAUGAGAUUACCGAUUUGAUGGUGAACCAGACUCCCAAACAUCUCAAUAAAUUGGAAGGGGAAAAUGUCACCCUCAAGUGUAACUUCAGGACCGUCAGCAAUCUCAGCACCAUGUAUGUUCGGUGGAAGAAAAAUACGACGGAGUUGAGCAAUGGAAUGGGCCCAUACAGAAUCACUGAGGAUCUGGAAAAGGGAUUUACCUCCCUCACAAUCCUGAAUGCUGAGAAGAGCAAUUCUGGAGUCUACAAAUGCGAAGUGGGGAGCAGCUUAAGGAAUCGAUCAGGAUCAGGAGAUGGAUCUUAUCUGGUUGUUACUGAACAUACCAAGCAGCUGGAUCCGGAAACUGCGACGGAAAAUGCUGGUACCAGAUUCGGACUUAGCGCCGGGGCUGGAGCCGGAGCAGGCACCUUCCUCCUCCUCCUCUUGCUGCUAUUAGGCAUCUUAGUUUGGAUAUACACCAAGAAGAAGAGAGCCAAAAGCACUCCAGGAGUGAGAUUGAAUACAGAGGCUGUUCCAACUGAAGAAGUCAAAAAGCAUCCGCCUGCUACCAACCAAGUGAGUGAUGUAACCUAUGUGGAUCUCAACUUCCACAGAAGGGAAGUGCAACCAGCUACUGAAGUCAUUUAUGCAGAAGUGAGAAGCAGGUCAAAACAGUAAGGCAUCAACAACAGAGAGGCCAAGCCAAAGCCAACCUGUUCUGGUUGAAGAGACGAACAAGUGAAACAAGCUCCUCAAUGAAUCAGUGGCAUGUCCCCUCCCAUCCAGGAUGGGCCUGCCAUCUCCUUUCGAGGAAUGGAGGAACUUCUACCACCGCAGCCUACUCUCUCUGUUUUGCUGGGCAGCCCAUGCCUCUCCAUUUGCCUCCUUCAACCUAGUGAUCUCCAGAUGUUUUGGACUAUAGCUCCCAUUAUUCUUGGCCAUAGGUUGGGCCAGCUCUGGCUGAUGACAGUUGUAUCCAAAAACCGUUGAACAGUACAGUGUCGGAGAUGGCUGUGCCAAAAUGAUGCUUGAUUUUGAAGAUGCUGCUCCUGCUGAAGCCAUGACUGACCCUUGUCAUUGUAGAAUUAUAGACUUGGAAGGGCCAUUCAAUCCAAAGGCCAUUCAUUGCAACCCCAUUCUGCCAUGCAGGAA